GCCAGAAGGGCUGUUUCUUUACUUGGGACUCCUCUGGUGUACAGCAGUCACCACACACUGAGAGAGCACUGUUUAGGAGGUCAGGACAGAAGGAGUGCUUGCUGAGAUGGAGAGGGCUUUUGAUCAACUGGAUGCCGCGGAGUUCCUGGCGAUCUGGCACCACUUUGAUGCUGAUGAUAAUGGCUACAUCGAGGGAAAAGAGCUUGAUGAGUUUUUCCGUCAUGUGAUGAAAAGACUGGGCUCGCAGGAAACAACAGAGGAGAAUGUACAGAAGCUGAAGCAGAGGUUCAUGUCGACUUACGAUGUCACGGCCGACGGAAAACUACAGAUCCAAGAGUUGGCGCUCAUGAUCCUGCCCGCAGACGAGAACUUCCUGCUGGUGUUCCGCAGGGAGGCUCCUCUGGAUAACAGCGUUGACUUCAUGAAGAUAUGGAGGAAAUAUGACGUUGACUGCAAUGGUUGCAUAUCAGCUCAGGAGCUAAAGGCUUUCCUUCGAGACCUUAUCCAGCAGCACCACAAGGAAGUGUCACCUAGCAAGCUGGAUGAGUACACUGAUGCCAUGAUGAAAGUAUUUGACAAAAACAAGGACGGUUGUUUGGAGCUGAAUGACAUGGCCAGGAUCCUGGCGAUGGAAGAUAACUUUUUGCUCCAAUUUCAACUGGAUGCCUCCAGUCAAGGAGAGAGGAAAAGAGACUUUGAGAAGAUCUUCACCCACUAUGAUGUCAACAAGACGGGGGAGCUGGAGGGGGUGGAGGUGGACGGCUUUGUGAAGGACAUGAUGGAGCUGGUCAGGCCCAGUAUCACAGCGAAAGAGCUGGACAAGCUGAAAGUAAUCCUGCUGGGCCACUGUGAUGUCAACAGGGAUGGAAAGAUCCAGAAGAACGAGCUGUCUCUCUGUCUGGGAGUGCGGCCCAGGCCUUAGGGCACACACCAUUGAAUGUGUCCCAAUAGACCUCUGAAGAAUAAGUCCCGCCUCCGAGGCUCCGGUUCCCUCGGUCAAAUGUCUAUGGGAAAUACCAUGGCGUUUUUGAAUUAUCGUACAUAACAAACUCUGUAGGUGGCGAAGAAGUAAAAGCUGCGUCACGUUCUGAACUACACACUUUUUCCAUCUAGUUUCGACUGGGUUUUUGAAUUGUCGUUGCCGUUAAAGCAGCAUUAAUCAUCGUUAACUACUUUAACGACAUCGACAAUCAGAAAUCCCAGUCGAAACUAGAUGGAAAAAGUGUGUAGGCCUAGUUCAAAACAAAUAUUGUUUGUAGAAAGAAUGUUGAAACUCACAAAUAAAUAAAUAACUCGAAAAUAGUAAAUGCCCUCUUCUUUAGAAGAGUGACGACAACAAAUGGCCUGUUCCCACCUACGGCAAAGACCUUGCGGAAAUGAGGAAAUCACUUCUACUUUAUCGCCCUCAUGCCUCAUCUGAAAAAGGGUUUUCCCUUCAUUAUUUUUGCUCAAUAUACAUGUUGAAUCAACGGUGUUUUCCCACUAUGACCACAGACAAUGUAUACUGUCUGUGUCCGUCAGCAUGUUGCGUGAACGGAUGUGUCGGUUGGUUUCGAUUUACCCACAUCAACCUCUCCAUUUGUUAAGAUUGGAAAUAAAAAUAUACUAAUUUAAGCUGAAA